CCUGUUUGUUUGUGUUGCGAGAUUGGAAAUGGCGGAGAGGAGAGGCCAAAGCCACAACUUAGAUCUGAAAACGCUAUGCCGCCGUCGCUGAAACGCAGAAAUCAGCCACAAACGAUUCUCGGAGUUGCGUACGGUUUGCUGCUGCCCCUACAAUUCAAGUUUAUAGUGGGGAAAAGGCUUUUUCGGCAGAACUGGUUAGCUGGUAAGCUAAUGGCGCUAGAUGCCUAGCGUUAGCUAGCUUGAAGUCAAAUUGUGACCACGCAGGUUUGUUUGUCAACAUCAAAGCUGACGCCAAGUCCGAUAACAGGCCGGCUUACUACGCAACUUUUACCCGCUUUUCGUGCAGAUGUGAUUGCCAUGAUUGCGUGGAAUGGUCAUAGUAACGGCGGAUAAAAAAAAAAGCCACACAUCUGACGCGAGUUCAGGUGUUUAGCUAAGUUGGCUAACUAGCUCGUUGUAUGUGAAGCUGCACGUUUGCGUGGAAAUUAAUCAUCCAUCGUGACAACUUUGGAGGAAGAUCCCCGUGGAAGCAUCGCUGUUUACAAGUUGAACGGUCGACAGAGCAGAGGCCAACAGGCUUCUCUCCACUUGAGAUGGUGAUAUGUGACAGACGCAGUGAAAUCAAAACUUCACCACUGUUCCAUCAUCUUGGCUCAAAGCCAUUCGCCCAUCGGUGAGCUGACUCCUGGACUCCCGGUCUCGCCUUAUCUUUGCUCUGAGCAAAGGACAAGGCCACAACAGCCACCACAUGACUCACUCACUGGAGCCCUAGAACAAGUCACUUGAAGCUGAAAAUGAGUGCAUUUGGGGAAAGCCCCCUGGACCCUGCCACACCAGAGUCAUGCAAAAGGAAGGGCUCACCAUGUGACACAUCAGGGCAAAGCAUGGAGAAGCGGAGACGGGAGCUGGAGUGCCGCUACAUUGGUGAGCUGGCUGAGCUGUUGUCAUCAAACAUGGGUGACAUUGCCAGUCUCUGCGUCAAGCCAGACAAGUGCCAUAUCCUCAGGAGCACUGUGGAUGAAAUCCAGCAGAUCAAACGGCGCGAGCAGGAGAAAAUGGCUCUGCUGUCUCCCAGUGACGAGGUGCAGAAGAGUGACAUCUCAUCCAGUAGCCAGGGUUUGGUGGAGAAAGAGGCGCUGGGGCCCAUGCUGCUCGAGGCUCUUGAUGGGUUUUUCUUUGUCGUCAACCGGGAGGGUCGCAUCGUCUUUGUUUCUGAAAACGUUACAACCUACCUGGGAUACACUCAAGAAGAACUAAUGACCUCAAGUGUCUACAGCAUCCUCCAUGUGGGAGACCACAAUGAAUUUGUACGCAAUCUUUUGCCCAAAAGCUUAGUAAACGGUGCGCCGUGGCCACAGGAAUCUGGCCGAAGGAACAGCCACACCUUCAACUGCCGCAUGCUGAAGAGGCCACCUGAUGAAGUGGAUUCGGAAAACAUGGAGGCACGACAACAGUACGAAAUCAUGCAGUGUUUCACCGUGUCCCAGCCACGGACCAUGCAGGAGGAGGGAGACGACCUACAGAGCUGCCUGAUCUGUAUUGCCUGUCAGAUGCCGCGGACCCAGCCGCUGCCUGUCAGCACUGAGUCUUUCGUCACUAAACAGGACCCAACUGGUAAGAUCAUCUCCAUAGAAACUAGUGCUUUGCGAGCAACUGGCCGGCCUGGCUGGGAGGACCUGGUCAGGAAGUGCAUCUACGCUUUCUUUCAGCCACAGGGUAAAGAGCCUUCCCAUGCUAAGAAGCUGCUGAACGAGGUGAUGACUCAUGGCACCGCAAUCAGUCCACUGUACCAUUUCACAUUAAGUGAUGGCACCCUGCUCAGUGCUCAGACCCGCUGCAAGUUUUGCUGCCCCCCCAACCCUGAUGUACAGCCCUUCAUUGUGGGCAUUCACACUAUUGACAGGGAACACAACACUGCUAGCUCUCAGGAAAACACUAACCCUAGCCUUCCGCCGACCCUAGGAAGCCAUGCCCAGUUUUCAACCCACUCCCCAGCCAUCCCCCGUGGCAGCAACUCAACCCAAUGCUCAGGCUUCACCCCAACAAAUCCUAGCAACAGCAAUGUAACCCUUCAAGGACAUGGCUCAAACACACCCACUGGCUACGCAACACCUAAUAGGUCAUGUCCCCAGCAAGUCAACAGCCCCUCUCCUUUAAGCAGCCCACUUACAACCACCCCUACCUCAUUUGUGUCACCCAGGAUGUCACGGACCAGUCCUGGGUUAGGGGGAAGUCCACGAUUACCAGGGAACCCCUUUUCUCCCUGCACACCAGGCCUCCAUUCUCCACCUGGAGCACUUAACAGUGGAGGCAGUUUCAUCAGGCAGCAGUCUGUUGUAGAAAUCAGCGGUGGGUCAAUGGCUUCCUUGUCACUAUCUUCUCCUGGCCCUCAGCGACGAGCCAGUACGCCUACCAACUCCCUUGCUCGACCUCCUUCAGCUAAGCCCACAGACGUUAGAGUAGGUGGUGGAGAAGUUGGGGCAAAAGACCCUGUUAAAACCUUGGUUCCAUCUGCCCAGCAGCUGGGGAACCCCAGACUCAGCCAACUUUUGGAUACCAAUGGGACAGCAGUUGAAGCUAACAGCAGUAUCGGUUGCACCCAAUCACCUCUCCCUCACCCUUCUCCUGCCCCUCAUUGUCCUGCCUCCCAUAGCACUCUGACAGAAAGACAUAAGAUUUUGCACCGGCUGCUCCAGGACAAUGAUUCCUCCAGCACCAUUGAGGACGAAAUAAAUACUAAAGACAUUGAUAUCAAGAAGGAAAUGCCUGCUAGUCCUAACUUCGCCAUGGCACUUCCUAAGUGCAGCGGCAGAGAACCACAGGACCAUCAAUUAUUGCGUUUCCUGCUGGAUACAGAUGAGAAGGAGAUUGAGGACCUGCCUCCAUCUGCUCUGAACUUGGAAAUUAUUAAAGUAAAAACGGUGAAAGGAGUCAGCAGGGAAAGCUCUGUUUGUACUGGAUCUACGAUCACAGCAGGAGGUCCAAACAAAACUACGGAAGUUUCCAGUAGCUCAACAAGCAUGAGUCCCAAGACGAGCCCUAUCAGACAGACCCGCAGAGACAGCCUCAAAGAGGGCAGAGACGCCACGCCUCAGCGAUCCAGUGUUGACAUGGAUCCUCCGACCCAGCUCUUACCUGGCCUGAGAGGUCCAAGUGGGCCAAAAUCAGGCAAUGAAGAUACAACAGCCCUUGUUGGAGUCCCCCAACUCCACUCUCCAGCCCCCCAGAGCCAGACCCCAUCUCAGAUCCAGUCCCCUCUGUCUCACCCACAGUUGCAGUCCCCAUCACCACAACUUUCCUCCCCUUCCCCUCAGCUCAAACUGCAGUCGCCCACUCAGCUCCAGCCCGGCGAGGCCAGCACGCCACGCAAUGUGAAAAGAGCGCCUCCCAGCACUCCAAACAGAGGGCUUAAUGAUGGUGGCCCCCCCUCCGGUUGCAAUCUCCAGAGUCAGUCGCCUUUUGAGUUUUGCAGCCCCCCUACACCAAGUCAAACGCCGGCCCAGGGACCAGGAGACCUCUUCCAAAACAUGAAAGACACCAGCCCCUUUCAAGAGGCAGAUGUUAUCAAUCCAUUCAGUUCCAGCACUGGCCUAGCCAAAAUGGAUGAGACGGAUUCGCCGUUCCAACCUCAGGCUUUGUCAGACACCUUGCCCUUUGAUGGAGGCCUGGGAACCCCGAUACAAGCACCUUUGGCUUCACCACAAGAGCAGUGUGUGCCCUGUACACUGGAUGACCUGCUGGGCCCCCCAACUACACCUGAAGGUCACAGUGAUGAGAAGGCUCUGUUAGAGCAGCUCAUCUCCUUCCUCAGUGGGACUGAUGAGAGUGAACUGGCUGAGCUUGAUAAGGCCCUCGGUAUUGACAAACUGGUGCAGGGUGGUUGUUUUGACCCUCUGGCCCAAAACCAAAGUUUUCCAAUCCAGCAACCAGCUGCCAUGCCAGUUUCUAUGGACCCCAAACUCCCUGCCUAUCCUUCCCAGUUUGCACCAGCUUCACAAGCUCAGUUUUCUUCUGAUGUGGGCACUGUUGGGCUACAGGGUAUGAGUUUCGCAGCCCCUCGAGUGGCUUUUCCUGGUGGAACGACAGGAAUGGGGCUGAGGCCAGGCAUGGUCAGGCCUCAGGGGUGUGGCACUCAGCUCAGGCUGCCGCCAAACCAACUGCGCCUGCAGCUGCAGCAGAGGGUGCAGGGCCCACAGCAGCUCCAGAAUCGAUUGUCCGGCAUGAGUACUCUUCCAGGUGGUCCUCAGCAUGUUAACAUGGGGAUUCGUCAAGUGGUGCAGCAGCCUCAGAUGCCCUCUCAGCAACCGCCGCUGAAUGCCCAGAUGGUAGCUCAACGACAGAGGGAGCUUUACAGCUUCCAGCAUCGCCAGCGCCAACUUCUCCAGCAGAAGGUCAUGUUAAUGAGGCAAGGCAUGGCAGGAAAUCCAACCGGAGCUGUGGGACCCAUUGGAACUGCCAGAGUCCCAAAAGGUCCCCCUUCAACACCGCAGCAGCAACAGCAGUUUACCUUCCCACCAGGGCACAAUCCAAUGACGGGAAACCCUCCUACCUCACCGAGUCACUUCAGCUCCAUAUCAUUGGGUCCUCUAGACUCCAAGCUGUCUGGACGAGUACCUAUGAAUAACCCUACGCUGAUUGGGGGCAUGCAGGGACAGUUCAGCAACACCGUGAACUCAACAUUGCAGCAGGACCUCUUUCAGCAAUUUGGAGGGUCGGCUCUGGCCCAACAGGACCCUUCUUUCCCUCCUGAGAUGAGCCCAACCAGCCCAUUGUUGUCACCUCAAAACGCCACCUCCCAGAGUCCUCUGCUUCAACAAACCCCGCCUCCUAGCUACCAGUCAACAGACAUAAAGAGCUGGCAGCAGACAAGCUUGGGAAGCAAUAGUCUCUUCAGUCAAUCAGGGCAGAGCGCAGGGCAAUCCUUUGGCCAGCAGGGGGUGUACAACAACAUGAGCAUCACGGUCUCCAUGGCCGGUGGGUCUGGGAAUGUGGGCUCGUUACCUGCCAUGGGGCAGACCGUUGGAAUGAACAACAGUAACCUCAGCAGCGUUGUUUCAGUGUGCAGUGACCAGCAGGUGCAAAAGGUUCAGGUGUUUGCAGACGUGCAGUGCACAGUGAACCUGGUUGGCACCGACUCCUAUCUGAACCAGGGCUCCAUUGGAGGCGCGGCCUCCCAGAAGGGCCCUGGACCCCAGGGCUCCCAGAACAGCCAGGCCCAACAGAAGAGCCUCCUCCAGCAGCUGCUCACAGAGUGACACCUCCACCAGUUCGGCUUUACUCCUCCCUCUACUUCUCACAUUUCCAUCUCCCUGGAGGUCAGCGCACCAGACCCACUGCUGUCUCUGUCACACCUUUGGACGGACAGAAGGACACAGAGUAAGCUCAGAGAUGUCAGCAGUGUUACUACAGCCGAACCACUUGUGUGUGUGUUGGGGGGGUGUUCGGGGGCUGGUUGUAAGAAUGACUGAAGUCAUAAGGAGCAGCAGUGUAUUUAAACCUGCCUGUCUGACCUGUCUGACAACCUGUCUGUCUGCCUCAGCCUGUUAAAGACAGUGUUGUCUCGCUGCUCAUUCUUUGCUGACCUACUUCCUGCUUCCUGACCUAAGAAACAACCCAACAAUGUGGCGUCAUUGUACACUUGCCAAGGUUUCGUCACUGUCGAAUCAGGGCCGGCCUCCUUUGUGUUUGAUGAGACGUUUUCUGUCAGACCGUCGCAGCAGCAGUGCAUCUUGGGAGCAUGAGUUACAGCAUCGUGCUGAGCUCAGUAUUUUGUGUGGGGUGGUCCCACACCAGCACCUCUGGCUUUUGUUUUGUUUUCUUACCUGUCUCAGCGAUGUGGGAAUGUCAAGGCGUCAGACCUUUGUGGCAUUGUGGGAUAGAAGCCCAGUAUCAGCUGGUUCUGUGACGGUCUCUCUCUAUCAGCUACAGUGCCUGGUGGAAGUGUGAGUUUUCCCGAGCUCUGCUUCUUCUUCUUCUUCUACAUAUUUGAUUAUGUCUUCUGUUUGUCAGUUGAAAUAUUUUGUUUGUUGAAAAUCUUCUGCUCUCACCAUCAUCAUCAUCAACAUCUUCAUGAUUAUCAGAACAAGCUUUGUCAACAGCCAGAAUUGAUGGAUGGAUGAAUGGGAGACAGACGGGAUGCUGCUCAAUUUUGGAACUUAUUCUCCUGCCUGGGAGGAAUUUUUUUCCUUUAAAGUUUAAACAAAAAAAGGACAAAAAAACCCCCCCAGAUAUUUAACUGUCUGUCCGUCACAUUUUACCCCUCACUUCAGCAGCUGUGAAUCCAGAGUCCUGUUGGUCUCUCUCUCUUUCUCUCUCUCUAUCUCUCUGUCUCUUUCUGUCUCUGUCUCUCUCUCUCUCUCUCUCUCUCUCUCUCUCUCACCGCUGCCGCACGUUGUUCAGUGUUGUCUCCUGUGUCCCUCCUCCCUCGCCGCUGUGGCCUAACGGCAACAUUCUGCGUGCUGUCUCCGACGUCAGGUCCAUUGCCAAACAUGUCCUCUGUGCCGGUUUGGAGUGCUGUCACUUGUUCAACAGAAAGAAAACGUUGCAACAGAAAGCUAUGCACCUUCAUGAAAAAAACAUUUUGUCCCAUCGUCACGGUUACAUGCAUCUCACACUGGAACAACAAAAGCUGUUUAUCCGGUUACACACCAUCACAAUCGAGACCUGUUUAUUUUUCUCCCCUUCAUAAACUGAAUACUUUAUACCAAACUUGAGGUGCCUCGUGUAUAUAUACUUUCUGGUGUAAAAAUCGAUCCUUUGCUCUUUCACGAUAAUGUCCUUGUUAAGCAGGGUGUUUUUAUGACAUUUUUUCACUUUAUAGACAAAUAAAAGAAAGUUUACUAUUUUACAAGAUUUUUUUACACUCGAAGAUUUCAAAAAAAAAAAAGAUUAUUCCAGGAAUUUGCAAAUACAAUCUAAUUUUGCACUUUAUAUCAGAUUUACUCAGAGUUCAAAGGCCAUCAGAAUCGUGUUCCAAUCAGAUCUUAUUGGGAGUCUUUUCUGUGAAUGUACGAGGAACGUUUUACCACUUUGAUUUGAAGUUAGCAAAAACUCCAGCAUCUUUGGAAAGACCCGGAUUUAAAAAACAAACGAACAAAAGCGCACACGUCUUUGUGUCUGUCUUUGUGCGCCGUCUCCUCCCCUGCAGUAACUAUGCUGAUCUUGUUCAGGUGAAGCCCCGCCCCCUCCCCUUGCCUGUCAGCUGACUGUUAAAAGCGUCUCGCAGCUUCAACUCUCAGAAACAUUCCUGCUCGCAACCGUUUUCAGUAAACGCCGCCUCUUUGGUCUCUGUGAAUGUCCUUUAGUGUCCUUCACGCUCCUAUAUCAGAGCUUUGAAGCCCCCCCCCCCCCCAAUGAGGCAGUGACUCGCUUUGAUUCGUCUGGUCCCGGGAAGACUUAACCUCUGCUACUUUGCAAAAAUUGUGCACUGACAUAACUGACACACUGUCUGUGUUGCUUGUCCUCUGUGUGCUCGUCGGACUCUCGCGCUGCCUAAUGUCGAAGAUGUAGCGGCAUGCUGCCGCCUGUCGCUGGUCCAAACCGGUGUCGGUGAGCCGCCGAGACGAUCUGCAGUCCUUUAACUUCCCACUCAUUCCUAAUGCAGGUUUUCCAAACUAACCUCGACUUGUAUGACUUGUCAGAUAUUGUACAGUCCGUUCUGCCUUACCAGGGCCGAGGCCGGAUCUGGUUCAGAGAUUUUAAAGGUUUAUUAACUCACCACUUUCUUGUUUUGGGGAGGUGAUGCUCUCUCUGCAGAAAUUAAGAGAAAAGACCAGGGUUCCACUUUCUCCCUUGUACAAAUUAAUAUAAAUAAAAAAAUAAAAUAAAUAUAUAUAUAUAUAUAUAUAUAUAUAUAUAUAUAUAUAUAAUACAUUUUACUCAUUUUUGUCCAGUUCUGUAUAUACACUCAUGUAAAGUUUGUUUUUAAAGAGGCAUCGGAGCAGCUAUUACAAGACAUUACGAGUGACAGUGUUCAUCUGGGAGAAUUUUUAUGCAUGUUAUAUUUUCUCUCUCUCUGGCUCUGUCUCUCUAUCUUUUAAUCCCUCGAACCCCUGUUCAGGUGUGUAACGUGAAUGAAAGAAAUCAGCCUUUUCUUUAGAAUGUCGUAGACAAUCAGUCUCAGGCCGGGUCCAGUCCCUGCAGGGGGUCAGAGCCCUGCAGGCUGAUCGACAAAACAGUUUUUGUUUGACAACUCAACCUGUCUGUACAUCUACUGGAAGUCCAAUUUGGAAGGUUGGUUCAUUCAUACGUUCGUGGCUGCUCAAGUUUACACACUUCUCUACUACACUCAGACAUACACCCCCCCCCCCCCCCCUUGUGCAUUUGAAUCCUCUGCUUUUAUUUGUUUUGUUUUUUUUCUUCUUCCAAGGUGAGGAUGCCAACCUUGAGGAAAUGAUGCUUUGACUAACAAAUCUAUAACAUCUAUGAAUGUGGGAAUGCAACACAUUGCAAUAAAAGCACCAUUUGAAAUGCA